AUGGCGAGAGACACGACGAUGAGUUUGACUCUUGGCAACUUCUCCUGCCCCGUCUCGGCGUCCGCGAGUUUAGCCCCACACCGGGCGGGACGCCUCGCCGCGUCUCCCGGAGAGUGCGCAGAUUUCGACUCGCCAAUCGCCAGCGCCGUUCUUCAAUCGCCUUCCCAGCCGUCAACGCUUGAGCUCGCAAAGCACGUGGAACUCGCGCUGCCGCACAAAAGCGAGGAGUCUCUCGAACGCCGCUCUUCCUCUCGGCCGUGUCCGCCUGAGUUCCGCAGCUGCGGAGGGGAGAGGGCCGACACGUCUCGGGGAGACGGGUCGGAGUCUGACGGAUGUUUCGCGCGGCUCUUCCUCUUUUCGUCCGUCUCGUCGCGCGCACGCUGGAAGAACAAAGAGGAGUACAUCCUGAAGAGUGUUUGCUACGGCGUCGGCCUGAGCAACAUGUGGAGGUUUCCCUACUUGUGUUACGCGAACGGCGCAGGGGCGUUUCUAAUUGCCUACUUUGUUUGCCUUCUCCUCGUCGGAUUCCCCAUGUUCCUCCUCGAAUCUGUGGUGGGGCAAAAGACGCAAGAAGGAUUCAUGCGCGCGUGGAAGUCGAUUUCCCCCGUCUUUGCGGGAAUCGGACUGAGCUCUGUGUGUCUCGCGCUCGUAUGCGCCGUCUACUACAACGUUGUUCUCGCCUGGGCGUUGUUCUUCCUCUUCCACUCCUUCGGGCCCACACUGCCUUGGGCGAGCGACGGCGAAGCGCUCAAUCCUGUGGACGCCGUGAAAAGAUUCUUCCUCGUCGACUGCCUCCGAAAGAGCGAAAGCAUGAGCGGCGGGACUCCCGAAGGCCUCUCCAUCUCAUUCAAUUUUCAUCUGCUAUUUUGCCUCUUCGCCGCCUGGCUGCUCUCCUUCCUGAGUCUCUGGCGGAGUCUCCGCCCCACAGGAAAGGCUGUCUUCUUCACCGCCACUGUGCCCUACGUCGGCCUUCUCCUCAUGAUUGGUCGCGGCCUCUCCCUCUCGGGUUCAAGUCUGGGGCUUUCGUACUACUUCACCCCCCAGUGGCAGUUGCUUCUGGAGCCUCGCACGUGGGCAGUCGCAGGUUCGCAAGUUUUCUUCAGCCUCGGCAUUGCCUGGGGUUCACUGGUGAACUACGCGUCCUUUAAUUCAGUGAAGAACAACUUUGUCACGGACGCCAUCGUGGUGACGAGCAUCAGUGCAGUGACUGCUUUCCUAGCUGGCCUGGGAGUCUUCGCCGUCAUUGGCCACAUGGCCCAGGUGUCUGGGCAGCCCGUAGACGAGGUCGCGCGAGUGGGGAGCGGUGUGGUCUUCGUGGCCUACCCGUUCGCGCUCGGCACGCUGCCUGGGGCUGCCUUCUUUUCGGUGUGCUUCUUUUCUCUCUUUGUCUGCCUGGGCUUGAACAGCCAGUUCGCGAUGCUCGAGGUGAUCAUGACGGCGUGGAUUGAAGCCUCGCUCUUUCGCGCCUUGCCCAAGACGGUCCUCGCUCUGCUUCUCUCGGUGUUUCUCUUCCUCCUCGGCAUCGUCUUCGUCUCCCCGGUCGGCAUCUACUGGGUGGAUCUGCUCGACACCUUCGCCGGAACUGUGUCGCUGUGUCUCGUUGCUCUGUGCGAAGUUCUUGCAGUCGUCCUGCAUUACGACAUCCAGACUCUCGCCCCGCAGCUCUCGAGUGUCCUCGCAGACGCGCCGCUGCCGGACAGUCCGGCGCCUCCUCGCCCCGCUGCUUCGCCUUCGUGCCCAACUCCUGCUCUAGGCGACGCGCCUCGGCUGCUUCGCCCCGAGCAGGAACGCAGAGAAACAGGACAGAGAGAUGUCGGAAACCGGUCUCUGCCUCCAAAUGCUCUUCCGUCCUCACAGGAGGACGCGUCUGCUUCCGCUAUGCAGGCGUCUCUCUGGGGUGUGAACGCUUCUUCGAACCUUCCUCCUCACCCUCUGUCGCCACGGUACGCGCAAGACGUGUGUGCCUGUCCUCCCUCUUCUCCGUACCCCGGGCAGACUGAAGACGAUCGAAGGCGCCGGAGAAGGAAUGCGAAGCUGGACGUGUUUUCCCUCUUCCUCGUUUCCUCGCCCCACAUGCGGCGCUACUUCACUGUCUUCCUACCAGUUCUGCUCCUUCUCCUCACUCUCUGCGGCGUGCACUGGUUCGCCUCCCCGUCCUCCCCGCAUGCUGGCCUCGGCCAGAAACAGCGCAGCGACAGGGGGCGCGGGUGUCUAGGCAGCCCCGUCGCAUGCAAUGGCCACGGAAAAUGUGUGUUGUGUGGCGAAGAGAUCUCCCGCUUCGCGCUCGCGGCGACAGAGAGGGAGACAGCAGGAGACGAGAACAAGGGCGAUGAUCCACACCAGAUCGGUGGAGCGGACCUGGAAGCGCAGGGGAACCCGGCAGCCCCAGCGCACGAUCCUGACGCGAAGCGGGAACCGGGCAAGGCGACAGGUGCCAGGACAGAUGCGAGAGACGGAAGAAAUCUCGAGGCGGGAAAGAACUGCUUCUCUGGAAAUUGCCCCUCAGAGAAGGGCGGCUCUUCAGCCUCCUCGUCACCCCAGCAUGACGAUUCCUCAGUCGAGUCUUCAGCCUCUUUGCCCGGUUCAACCUCUUCCCCGUCGCUCUCUCGCUCGUCUUCUCCCCCUUCUUCCUCUCCCUCUUCUUCCUCUCCCUCUUCUUCCUCUCCCUCUUCUUCUCCCUCUUCUUCUUCCUCUCCCUCUUCUUCCUCUCCCUCUUCUUCCUCUCCCUCUUCUUCUUCUCCCUCUUCUUCUUCCUCUCCCUCUUCUUCUUCUUCUCCCUCUUCUUCUUCUUCCUCUCCCUCUUCUUCUUCCUCUCCCUCUUCUUCUUCUCCCCCUUCCCCGUCGCAAUCUGCGUCAUCGCAGCCUUCUUCCGAGGAGAAUUCCAGUUUCUCUGGAGGUGAGAUUUCUCUGGCGAGAGAAAGCGGCCGGUCCCAGGAACAAGAGGCACGGCGGUUAACCAGUGAGGAAGGCGCCGAUGAAGAGGAAGAAGGGAGGACAAUUGAACAUACGCCAGAUGCACAGACUAGGCUUGGUCUUUCACAGAAGGUGUUGGUGUCCUCGCAAGCUCACAAACAAAACAGGCGCCUGGCGGCUUCUGGAGAACUUCCUGCCUACUCGGCGUCUCUUUCUUCCGUCUCUCUAUCUUCGCCGUCUUCCUUCCUUGAGCGGAUACCUUCUUCCGCACCAUCCAAGUCUUCUCCCUCGUCCCCUCCUACUUCUCCCUCGUCCGCUCCUGCUUCUCCCUCGUCCGCUCCUGCUGCUCGGUCUUAUCUCGCGUCUGAUUCCGAUUCCUCGUCCUCCUCUGAGUGCAUCGACUUCAGCAUGUGUUUUUGUCUCCCAGGAUGGGGCGGCUUGGACUGCAGCUCUCGGUUGUCCUCAGAGACGGAGAUCUGGUGCCCAGAAAACUGCAACGCGGAAGAGGGACACGGUGCAUGCAACGCAAGCACGGGGCUCUGCACAUGCGCGGCGGAGUUCCGCGGUCCUUCGUGUCGCGGGUGGAGGUAUGCCGAAGGCUGGCCCGACUGGAGUCUUCUCCUUGGUUGGCUCUUCGCCAUCGGCACGGUCUUUCCGAUUCCUCUCGUGAUGCUCGCCAAGUCGGUUCGAAAGCGGAUGAACGACCGCCUGGAUCGGAAGCACGCAGACGCGGACAGCACGAGGGUAGAAGCCGCAGGAAGAACCACAGAAAUCGUCCUCAUGGGGAGGCCUGUCUCGCCGCAUGCAGCUGGGCCGAGACCAGGCAGCCGGCGACCAGCAGCGGGUACGUGGCGCGCAGAGGCAGGCGCCGAGGGCGGUCCAGUGGAGGGCGGAAUUGCGGAGGAUCUGAAGGAGUGGAACUCCGACUCUCGCUGGCCCUCCCAGUGCCUAAUCGGGAAGCCGGCCUUGGAUGUCCAUGCAGGAGUCUCAGAGAUGAAUCCGGGGAGCAACACCCUGGCAGAGACAAGGCAGUGA